GCUGGAGUGGAUAGAGUUUCAGUUCAGUGUUCAGUCGACGGUGCGACAGCCGUGCGGUCGCUCAGUGUGUCAGUUGAGUAGUUGCUAGUAGUGAACGUUCGACGUGGUCGAUGGUAGUGAACAAUCAGUCCAGCUCGUGAACCAUCGCUGUGAUCUAGUGAUUACUUUCCGGAUUCAUCUCGCCGCCACCGCAAUGGCUUCCAACUUCUGUUCAUCUUUUAUCGUGUGCACUGUGGGCCUACUGCUCUUAACAGAUGCAAGUCUCGCUCAACAAAGACGCAGCAAAUCGAGCUCAUCGCAGAGCAGCAGUAGCAUCUCGCAGGUGGUCGACUUCGACUGCCCCGAGGAGUUCGGCUACUACCCGCACCCUGGCGACUGCACCCAGUACUAUGUCUGCGUCUUCGGAGGCGCGCUUCUCGAGUCCUGCACUGGGGGCCUCAUGUACAGCCACGAGUUGCAGACUUGCGACUGGCCACGCAACGUGGGCUGUGGGGGCGCAGAGAGCAGCAUAGAGAGCGCCACAGUGAGCACGGUGCAAGUGACUGACCCACGCACGCGCACCACACCCAUUCAGCCACUCAGUCGCAGCACCCUGUCGCAGCGACAACAUCAACAGCAACAGCAGCAGCAGCAACAACAACAACAACUGCAGCGCGAAGAAAUUCCCAAGCACCAACUGUACGCGGAGGAAGAUCUGGGACCAGCAGAGGAGGUGGAGAGUGACCGCCAGCAGAGGGUGUACCGCGGCCAGCCAGCCACACUCGGCCAGGUGGCCAGGGACAGGGAUGGACUCAGUCGACACAGCAAUGCAUUGCAGGUUUCUCCUGGCGUAGGAAGGGAGAAGCUGUCAGUUGUAUCUUUCGGAACGCAACAGCAGUACUCAAGAGGCAGUGCUUCGCCAGCCACUUACAUCGAGCAGCCGACAACAGCUAGGGUGAGCAGCUCCAGGUCCUACAACAACACCCAGUACAACCCACAAGCUUUCGACAGCUUCUACAACCUUUAUGACGACGAGGCUGAUCUCUACAAAGAUAUAGAGUACUCACAGUACUCGGGCCAGAACAACAACCAACAGCAGCAGCAACAGCAACAACCACAACAGCAGUACAGGUCACAGGUGUACAAGGAGAAGCCGGCAGCUGUGGUGCAGAUAGAGCAGCCACAACAACAACAGCAGCAGCAGCAGCAGCAGCAGCAGCGCUAUUCGCAGCAGCCCAGCUACAGUGCGCAGGACAUCUAUGCGCAAUCUGUCAACGCACAGGACUACAACGACAACAAUUACAAUCUGCAGAACGAAGACAUCCAAUACAAGUCUCAGCUACAAGGAAAAUCAUCAGCAAGCCGAUUGGAAGAAACAAGUACAACCGCUGUCCCAGGAUCCCAGAGGCAGAGUACAAAUGAGCCUGCACCAGUAGCUUUAAGAUUGACUGAUGAAAGGUCUCCUGCUCUCCCUCCCUCUCCUACCGCUCUCCCUUCCUCCAGUUCGGAGCCUCCACGACGCCUGACGCUCUCGGCUGCAUUGGCGCUCGAUGAUGCUAGAAGAGUCGCACAGAGUUCCACAGCUCCUCAACAACGAAGCCGAGGAUCAGUCAAAGCAUUCUCAGUUGAGGAUCCACAGAGUAUAAACGAUGGCCUAAUUAGUGCUUUCAUCAAUGAUUAUAUUGAUGUUGAGAGCAGUUUUGAACAAAGAAGAAAAUUCAAUGCAGAGAAUGCAAGAAGUUCUUCAAGUAUAAAUAGUAGAUCAGAGGAGCAGCAGGUGUUAUCCUCGCAAACCUCUAGUAGAGUAUCCACCGAGCAGCCACCAAUAAUAGCUAGAUCCAAUUCAGAUUCACUGUCCAGCUACAAGAGUCAAGAUAGUUCGAGAUCAGCUCAAGCAGAGAAUAGAAGUUCAAGACUAAGUAGCCCUACAUCUUUCCCAUCAAGGUCAGAAACACCCAAACCUACAGACCACACUGAUUCUCAACAAAGAACCAGGAAUGAGCUAAACUCUUUCAGAAUUGUUGUGGAGCCCACUGCCUCUUUCCCUGAACAAGAAGAAGCAGUCUCUGUUAAUGACAAAUCAAUUUGGAGACAAGUCAAGGUGACUAAUAUCAGAUCCAGAGUUAUGCCACACCGUGACCAAGUAAAUAGCCAGAGUUCAGAGCCCAUAAGUAUUCAGUCUACAAGUAGUCCUCCAGAAACACCAACUGAAGAUUUCGAAACACCAAGAACAGUUCCUAUUCGACCUAGAAUCAGAGUGACACCAAAAACAAAUGAAGAAGAACUAAGAGCCGCUCAUUUCACCCGAACCACCGCAGCACCUGAACAAGAACCAAGAAUCCGUGUUGCUCCCAAACAAAAUGAAGAUGAAGUGAGACCAGUUCAUUUCUCUAGAAUAGCAUCAACGCCUGAACAAGAUUCUAGAAUUCGAGUUACUCCCAAACAAAUUGAAGAAGAAGUGAGACCAGUUCAAUUCUCUAGAAUAGCAUCAACGCCUGAACAAGAAUCUAGAAUUCGAGUUACUCCCAAACAAAUUGAAGAAGAAGUGAGACCAGAUCAAUUCUCUAGAAUAGCAUCAACGCCUGAACAAGAAUCUAGAAUUCGAGUUGCUCCAAAACAAAUUGAAGAAGUGAGGCCAGUUCAUUUCUCCAGAAUCACAACAGCACCAGAACAAGAAUCCAGAAUCCGCAUUGCACCAAAACAAAUUGAAGAAGUAAGGCCAAUUCAUUUGAUUAGGAGCACUGUGCCACCUCAACCCGCUCCAGUAGAAGUGACCACACCUCCUCCCCCACCUCCAACCACCACAACCACUCCUUCCACCACCACUCAAUCUCGCAGAAUCAUUGGUUACAGAACUGAGGAGCCCAGCUUUUUUGCCAGACUGCCUGAAGAGAAUGCAGUCAACUACCAUGACGAUCGCAGGGAAAACCAACUACUCAACAAAGGUGCCGGACAAGGUAGCUUUUCUCAGAACAGUGACAAUUUCAGGGAUGAAUUCGAAGAAUCUUUCUCAUUUGAUAAGAAAUCUAAUGGUCAAUUACCAGAAGCUCCUCACCGACAGGAUAAUUCGCAGUUUGUACCCUACUCCAAACCACAAAGUAUUGAAGAAUCCGAUGAUUCGGUUGAAGAAACAAACGAUGAAAAGCCGAGGUCUCAGGUGUCUCGUGGCAGGACUAGCUCCCGCAUCAACCCCACCCGUUUCUCGCCAUCGACCACAGCCCAGCCAGUCACAGUGAGCAACAUCACUGAGUCGCCUCCUCGUUUCACGCGGCCAGUUGUGCGAGGCAGGGGCCCCUCACCCUCGCCAUCCACUUCCCCUCCAUCACGAUGCCCUGACAGUCAAUCUGAGUGCAACGAAAAACCGCUUGUGAGACAGAGGCCUGCUGUAUCAACAGACUCCCCAACUACAGCCAGUAGUAAUCCUGGUUUAUCCAGAGGAUCUGGAAGAACACGUGGAAGUGCAACUUACACAAUUUCACCAAAUGAAGCCGAAGCUCCCAACCGUGGUACACCAGCUAGUGUUGGGCGAGCCAGACCCACUCUCAAGCCAGCUACAACCAUUGUCUCCAAAGCAUCAGAAUACAUUGACAUCUUCAAAUUCCCUCCCAGCAGACCUGGACCUAUUUACCCGACACCGCAGCCUGACAAGACUGCUGCCAAAUGUCGUAAGGAUGUUUGUUUGCUGCCUGAUUGUUAUUGUGGAGGAAAAGACAUUCCAGGUGAACUUCUACCAGAAGAGACACCUCAAAUAGUUCUGCUCACCUUCGACGAUUCGAUCAACGACCUGAACAAGCAGCUGUACAUCGACCUGUUCGAAAAGGGACGAACCAACCCGAAUGGCUGUCCUAUUGCCGCCACAUUCUACGUUUCGCACGAGUGGACCGACUACAGCAUGGUUCAGAAUCUCUAUGCUACUGGACAUGAGAUGGCUUCUCAUUCGGUGUCGCACAGUUUUGGAGAGCAGUUUUCUGAAAGGAAAUGGCUGAGAGAAAUUGGAGGCCAGAGAGAAAUUCUCGCUGCUUAUGGUGGAGUUCGUCUAGAGGACAUCAGAGGAAUGAGAGCUCCUUUCCUUUCUGUUGGAGGCAACAAGAUGUUCAAGAUGUUGCACGAUGGUAAUUUCACUUACGAUUCUUCGAUGCCGAUCUACGAGAACAAACCACCCAGCUGGCCUUACACUCUUGACUACAAGGUCCACCAUGACUGCAUGAUUCCUCCUUGCCCUACUCGUUCUUAUCCUGGUGUUUGGGAAGUUCCGAUGGUGAUGUGGCAGGACUUGAACGGUGGGCGUUGCUCUAUGGGAGACGCCUGCAGUAAUCCACCAAAUGCCGAUGGAGUGUACAAGAUGCUUAUCAAGAAUUUCGAAAGACAUUUCACCACUAAUAGGGCACCGUUUGGUCUGUUCUACCAUUCAGCCUGGUUCACACAGCCACAUCACAAGGAAGGCUUUAUUGCAUUUUUGGACACAAUCACAGCCAUGCCCGAAGUCUGGAUCAUCACCAACUGGCAAGCUCUGCAGUGGGUGCGUGACCCCACACCCAUCAACAGGCUCAACAACUUUGCGCCAUUCCAGUGCAAUUACCCAGAAAGACCAAGGCGGUGCAACAAUGCGAAGGUGUGCAAUCUAUGGCACAAAUCAGGUGUGAGAUAUUUGAAAACAUGUCAGCCAUGCCCCGAAAUCUACCCUUGGACUGGAAAGACCGGAGUCAGGAACAGCCGGGUGGACAACGAAAUAGCUCAGGAAUAAUUGAAAAAUCACGUGGAAAACAAAUCUAAGCGCAAUCUAAAUUAAAACAACUAUGUGGCUUUUUCUUCAUUUUAUGUGUUGUACAAAUUAUCAAAAUGCAUAAAAUGUAAGGACCAGCUACAUAAUCGAAAAGAAUAGCAGCUCCAAGUAAGAUAGAGAACCAGCGGUCUUUAUUAUUUAUUGAAUGAUUCGUUUCUAGUUGAUGUAUUUGAUACAGCCCGGUUCACAAGAUUAGAAUAAAAAUGGUACGGCUUAGAGCGAUAGUAAUAUUUAUUUAAGCUGUUUCAAUCAGAAGAGUUAGUGGUUGGAAGUUAGUGAAAGCUUUAAUAUAACUUAUGAAUUCCAAAUCAGAACUCUGAAAUUGUGUUCAGGAAUUGACAACACAAUCCCAUUUUGCUGUAUAUUUUUCAAAUACAUAUAUUUGUAAGCCUCACAUUGAAUAAUGACAGAAAUAUGUUAUAUAUUUUUGAUCAUUGAAUAGAAUGUGAUAUCUUACGAUACCAUCAUAAUUUUAUUAUUUUUAAUGUAUUUAUUGAUUUGUAAUUUGUGUGUAAAUGUAAAAUGCCUACAUGUGAUUGUCAUAGUAGAUGUAGUUUGUAAAAUAGAAAAAUAAUUUUCAAUCAUUUCCUACGCUUAUCAAUUUUUUAUCGACAAUUGACAAAACAGAUAGAAAAUUUUUUUCUUGAGAAUGUUCCCGAUAGAUGAGUGUAAAUCAGAAACUGAUUCUCAUAAUAGUGGAGAGGGAGCUACAUCCUGUUUCCCUUUGAAGCUCAAUAAAUAAAUUAAUACAUUUUAUUUUAAAAAAUAUCAUGCAUUUUAUUUGAUAAAAUUUUAUUGAACUAAAAUUAAAUCUGUUGACUGACAUUACCUGAAGGACUUCUUGUAGUCAUGGAAAUUUUCUUGCUUGCCAAUUUGAUUAAAUCUUGUAAAUAUAGGCAUAUUUAAUAGGUAAUGUACAUUCUCGACUGUAACUAUAUUUCUACAUCAAUAGAGUUACAUCAUUAUACAUUUUUGUGACAUGAAAUCAUGAUUGAAUUAUUAUGUCAUAAAUUGUCUUCAUAUAUUAGA